AUGCCGGUGCUCAGCGCACGUGCGCUGGCGCCCGGGCGCUGUCCCACCCCCGCGGAGUUCGCCAGCGAGGUCGGAAGCGACGAUCGUGCGGAGGUGGAGCCCUUCCUGAACAAUGCGCCCUGUUGCAGCUCUACUGGUUGGUGCGGCAACGCGCUUGAACAUUGCCAGUGUGUCGGGUGCACGGAUUUCCGGAGGAGCGUGAAGCGUCCCGAGCCUGGGAGGUUCUCGGCACGAGGGCGGUUUUCAAGUUGGCGCGCGAAGAUCACCACCUCCCGCAUGUCGAAGGUGCCCCCAACAAGUGCGACGAAGGCCCCAGCGGGGCAGGCGAAGCGACCCGAAGCGCCUCCAGUGACCUACGAGGUGAGCUCGGCAGCCGGCUUGAGUGUUGCCUUGUUCCUCUGCAUCUUCCUCGUCCGGCGCAUUGUGCCAGGGGCAAGCAAGCACUGGUUGUGCCGCACUCCCCAUGUGUGCGUCUGCACCUUGAUUGUCGUGUCGUCUCUGCAGUGCCUCCUCCUGGGAUGGCGCUACAACCAGUAUCCCAUGGAGUCCACUGUGGAGGAGCCUGCUGCAGAGGUGUCCAAGAAUGCAGCUUCCACGGUCGAGGAUCUGGAGCAGACUCCGACGGCGGCGAUGCCAGUGACCACGGAGCCCAGGAUGACGAGCGCUGGCGAGAGGGACUGCCCUGCCGUUGUCACACCCUGGGCUUUCGGUGCAAAGGGCGACGGCCACACGGAUGUCACACCCUGGGCUUUCGGUGCAAAGGGCGACGGCCACACGGAUGACUCGAACGCCAUCAGGAUGGCUCUCGAUUGGGCCUCACAGUGCCAAAGCGAAGUACUCCUUGGCCGAGCCAACCCCCUUUCUCCGAUGAAGCCACGAUUCUACGUUCCGCCGAACUCUCUCGAGCUGCGGUGGUCUCAGCUAGUGCGGGAGAUCUGCGGAACAGACAUCCUGGCUCUGUCCGACGAGGAGCUCUUAGAUGCUGUCGAAGAAGAUCAAACCGUGAGGGGACUGAAGACGCAUCUGCAGAGCUUACUUGGCCUUCCACGAUUUCGCCAGCGUCUGCUCUGCGAAGGGUCAAUCAUGCGCGACGAUGCCGGGUUGUACGUGCCGCUGUGUUUGCAGCUGGUGCUUCUAAACUACUGCAAGCCGGAUGCCCCCCGUCUGGCGGAAUUCAAGACCGCGGUGGAGACUGACAAUGUACAGAUUGUGGAGUUCUUCUUGCAGCUACCUGUGGAUCCUAACCUGCUGAUUGAUCGCGGACGGCCGGGUCUUGGGGUGGCCGCCAGCAAUGGAAGCUUGAGAACUGCGAAGCUUCUCUUGGAGGCCUUCGCCGAGGUAGACCGGACUGACACCAACGGUGCCACGCCACUGGAUGCAGCCUGCAGCAGCGGGCAUGUGGAUGUGGCACGCCUGCUGGUAGAUUCGGGGGCUGACAAAGACGCGGCGCAGCGCGGCGGCGCAACGCCGUUGCACUCCGCUUGUCGGAGCAACAGGAUCGAGAUCGUGCGCUUCCUUGUCGAGGUUGGUGCCAAUACGGGUAAGGCGGAGGCCAACCACGCAACGCCUUUGCACGUGGCUGCCGUCUUGGGCCAUGUUGAUGUGGCACAGCUCCUCCUCGAGGCCAAUGCAGACCAAGACAACGCCUCGGCAACAGGCAUCACAGCUUUACACCUGGCAUGCCGACUUGGACAUCUGGAGUUCGUGCACUUGCUGCUUGAUGCACGGGCCAGCCGAGACACCGCACAGAGGAGUGGCACCACCCCUCUACACCUCGCUUGCAGGUACGGGCAGCUCGCCGUGGUUCGAUGUCUCGUCCAUGCUCGGGCAAACCACAACAAGGCAGACAGCAAUGGCGCCACACCUGUUGAUGCGGCAUCUGCGGCCGGCCACACAGAGAUCGUGUCAGAACUUCUCGCACUGAACGUCAAGGAGGAGCAGGCCCGACGUCGACCAUCGAAGCCGGAGACGCGAAGCCGAACCUCCCCUGCCGAGUAUGGCUACGGGCCCGUGAUGCGCUGGCUGGUAGAGGUUGGUGUCGAUCAGGGAAAUGCACGGCGUUCCAUCCCGCGCAGGCCCGGUUCCCCGAUGCCGCUAAACCUGAUGCGCCGAGUACGCGUAUGA